AUGGUUUCACACAAAUGUUACAAUCCCAACGGCCGUUUGGGUGUUUGUAUUUCCGUAUAUGAAUGUUCGACAAUUGUGAAUAUUCUGCGCAACAAAUCGUCCAGUAAAUAUGAUUUUGUUCGUAAAUCAGAAUGCAACAAUGGCAGAGGUCAGCGUCCGUAUGUUUGUUGUACUCCGGAUACUGGUUUUGUAGAUCGAACACAACAGAGUAGUCAACGCAUAAUAUUUCCUACUGAAGAUGAGAGGGAAGCCUAUCAAACGUCGAAGAACAGAAGACAAGACGCGUCUACGGAAAGAUCACAACAAUAUGAUAAUGAACUAUUUCCUAAACCACCUGUAUGUGGUCCAAUUUUGGUGGUCAAUAAAAUCUAUGGUGGUGAGGAAGCUGAGUUGGGAGAAUUUCCAUGGUUGGUAAAUUUGGAACACAGAAAAGCAAAUGGUGAUUUAGUAUCUGUAUGUGCUGGCAACAUUAUUAAUCAUCGUUAUGUUCUCACGGCAGCCCACUGUAUAAAAGGGAAAAUCGAAGAGAAGGUUGGAAAAUUAGUCUCAUUGCGGGCUGGUGAUCAUAAUACCCAAUCACAAAUUGAUUGCAACAAUUUCGGUUGCAUCGAUCCCUAUCAGCGUUUUAAUGUAGAACGGAUAAUUGUCCACAAGGAUUUUAAUAAAAAUUCCAAAAUUUAUAAUAUCAAUGAUAUUGCAUUGAUACGAACCGAUAGACCGAUCAUUUAUACAGAUACUGUGGCCCCAGUUUGUUUACCAAAUGCCGUGCCGAAUCUACCACAAUUGAGAAAUGGAAUGAAAUUAAGUGUGGCCGGUUGGGGACAUAAUGGAACUGGUAAGUUUUUAAAAUUCACUGCGGGAAAACAAAAAGUUCAAGUACCCUAUGUUGAGAAUAGUAACUGCCCAUAUUUGCUGGCUGACGAGCAGUUGUGUGCCGGUGGUGAAUAUCGUAAGGAUAGCUGUACGGGUGAUUCUGGUGGUGCCCUUACCCAAUUGACUCCCGACGGUUGGUUUGUUGAAGGUCUUGUUAGUUAUGGAAGAGGUUGUGGUCUUGAAACCCCAGCCAUUUAUACUCGUGUUCGAAGUUACAUUGAUUGGAUUCGCAAUAAUAUGGAGCCUUAA